GUAGGGCUUAAAUGAUGUGAUUUGGCUUUAAUAAUAAAAUAGUUGAGUGUGAUUUGGGUUUUCACUGACUUUAUUUCUUCUCUCUUCCCUCCUCCCUGUGACUGCCCUGGGAAAUCACCUCGCCAGGGAUGCGCGGUGGUUGAGUUCAAGAUGGAGGAGAGCAUGAAAAAGGCUGCUGAAGUUCUGAACAAGCACAGUCUUGGUGGGAGACCCCUGAAAGUGAAAGAAGACCCCGACGGGGAGCACGCCAGGAGGGCCAUGCAGAAGGUGAUGGCAGCAGGAGGGAUGGGCAUCGGGCCCGGCCCUGGUGGCCCUGGCAUGAUCAACAUCCCCCCCAGCAUCCUGAACAACCCCAACAUCCCCAACGAGAUCAUCCACGCCCUGCAGGCCGGCCGCCUCGGCAGCACCGUCUUCGUGGCCAACCUGGACUACAAGGUGGGCUGGAAGAAGCUGAAGGAGGUGUUCAGCAUGGCUGGGGUGGUGGUGCGGGCCGACAUCCUGGAGGACAAGGACGGCAAGAGCCGCGGCAUCGGCACCGUCACCUUCGAGCAGGCCAUCGAGGCUGUGCAGGCCAUCUCCAUGUUCAAUGGGCAGCUGCUCUUUGACAGACCCAUGCACGUCAAAAUGGAUGAACGAGCCUUCCCCAAGGGAGAUUUCUUCCCUCCAGAGCGACCCCAACAACUCCCUCAUGGUCUUGGUGGUAUUGGCAUGGGAUUAGGACCUGGAGGUCAACCUAUUGAUGCAAAUCAUUUAAACAAAGGCAUGGGAAUGGGCAACAUGGGACCUGGAGGAAUGGGAAUGGAAGGCAUGGGCUUUGGAAUGAAUAAAAUGGGAGGAAUGGAGGGUCCCUUUGGUGGCAUGGAGAACAUCGGCCGCUUCCCCGCCGGGAUGAACAUGGGCAGGAUGAGCGAGAUGGAUCGGGCCAUGGGAGGUGGAUUUGAGAGGGAGUUUGGAAGAAAUGAGAUAGGAAUGUCCCGGAGUUUUGGAGAGACCUUGGAGAGGGGAAUCGGUGGUGGCAACGCCAGCAUUCCCGGCAUCGAGAGGAUGGCCCCCGGCAUCGAGCGCAUGGGCUCGGGCAUCGAGCGGCUCCCGGCCGGGAUGGGCCACGGGAUGGAGCGGGUGGGCUCGGAGAUAGACAGGAUGGGGCUGGUGCUGGACCGCAUGGGCUCCAACGUGGAGCGCAUGGGCUCGGGCAUGGAGCGCAUGGCCCCGCUGGGCAUCGACCACCUGGCCCCCAACCUGGAGCGCAUGGGGCCGGGCAUGGAGCGCAUGGGGCCGGGCAUGGAGCGCAUGGGCUCCGGCAUCGGCUUCGGCAUCGAGCGCAUGGGCGCCGCCAUCGACCGCGUGGGCGGCGCCAUGGACAGGAUGGGCUCGGGCGUGGAGCGCAUGGGGGCGGGCAUGGAUAGGAUGGGCAUCGGCCUGGAGCGCAUGGUGCCCGCCGGCAUGGGCGCGGGCAUGGGGCAGGUGAUAGAGAGGAUGCCCGCGGGGCUGGAGCGCAUCGGGGGCCCGCCCAUGGACAGGAUCGGGAUAGAGAGGAUGGGAGCAGCCCCCAUGGACAGGAUGGGCCUGGAGCGCAUCGGGGCCACCAACAUGGAGAGGAUGGGGCCGCCCAUGGGGCAGGGCAUGGGGGCAGGCAUGGAGCGCAUGGGGCUGGCCAUGGGCAGCAACUUCGAGCGGCCCAUGGACAUGGAGCGGGGCAACUUCGCAGGGAAUUUUGCAGGGUCCCUGGGAGGAGCCGGAGGCCCUGCGGCCGGCGUGGCCCGGAAAGCCUGUCAGAUAUUUGUGAGAAAUCUGCCUUUUGAUUUUACAUGGAAAAUGCUGAAAGAUAAAUUCAAUGAAUGUGGCCACGUGCUCUACGCCGACAUCAAGAUGGAGAACGGCAAGUCCAAGGGCUGCGGCGUGGUGCGCUUCGAGUCGCCGGAGGUGGCGGAGCGCGCGUGCCGCAUGAUGAACGGGCUGCAGCUGCGCGGCCGCGAGAUCGACGUGCGGAUCGACCGCAACGCCUAGGCGCGCUGCAGGGCUGCGGGGCUGCACCGCUGCGGGGCUGCAGGGCCGCACCGCGCCGCUGCAGGGCCGCACCGCACCUCUACAGGGCUGCCCCGCACCUCUGCCCUGCAGGGCUGCACCGCACCACUGCAGGGCUGCGCCGCUGCCCUGCGCCGCUGCCCCGCACCUCCUCCUCUGACUGGAUGUAAAGCUGUUCAGCCCGACCCGGUUGCUUUCUGGAGUAAUUUUAAGUCCUUUUUUUAACCAAGGGAGCCCCGUUUUACUGGUUUUUUGCAUUGGAACUGCCAUGUGCACAAUCUUUUUUUGUAGUUGUGGCAUUUCGUUGACCUGACAGAUGUAAACAGUCUGACUUUGAUAAUAAAUGCCAGUUCAGUA